AAUUGUAGUUCCGGGAUCUGGCGCUACUUCCCACGAUGGAAAAGGAACUGGGAAAGCCUUACAGGGCGUAAGAAUACGUCGGAGUUACACGUCGCCACUAGCAGGUGCACAGUAUUGGGAAGUCUUACGUCCGAGGCGAGAGAUGGCAUAGCAUAUGGCGUUUUCUCUUUAAAACUAUAGGGGAAAAACGAAGAGGCACGUCCUCCAGAAACCUUAGCGUGCGUUCGCUAGAAUAAUGUCACGAGUGGCUAUCAGCUGACUUGUUUACUCCCAGGUGUCCCACCAUAUUGAACUCAAUCAGCAAAAUGUCAGGUACCUACACUCCAGCACCUGGUGGGCCAUUCUCGGCUCUUACCCCAAGUAUGUGGCCCCAGGACAUUUUGGCCAAGUACCAUCAAAAAGACUCUUCACAGCAGCCUGAACUCCAGUAUGAUGAAUUUGGCUUUAGGGUGGACACAGAGGAUGGUGGGGAGCCUAAGUCUUGGCUGAGCACUGAGGGCUCGCCCCAGCGUGAAGACGCCCAGCAGCGACUGCGUUGGCAAGCCCACCUGGAGUUCACCCAUAACCACACAGUAGGUGACCUGACCUGGGAUCUUAUUGAUCCUGUCCUUCCACGCUCUGAGCGUUUGCAUUCCUUGGUGCUAGGAGGAAUACCUCAUAGUAUGAGACCACAGCUUUGGAUGCGUCUGUCUGGAGCCCUUCAAAAGAAGAGGACCUCUGAGAUCUCUUACAGAGAAAUCAUCAAGAACAGCUCUAAUGAUGACACCACAGUUGCUAAACAGAUAGAGAAGGACUUGUUACGGACUAUGCCAACCAAUGCGUGUUUCAAUAGUCUGACCAGUGUUGGAGUGCCAAGGCUGAGACGUGUACUGAGAAGCCUAGCAUGGCUCUACCCUGACAUUGGGUACUGUCAGGGAACUGGCAUGGUUGUUUCCUGCCUGUUGCUCUUUCUCGAGGAGGAGGAUGCACUAUGGAUGAUGUGCGCCCUGAUCGAAGAUCUUCUUCCUCCAUCUUACUUUUCCUCCACUCUGCUGGGCGUUCAAACAGAUCAGAGAGUUCUCCGCCAACUUAUUGUUCAGUACCUGCCGGCCCUUGACCGCCUUUUGCAGGAGCAUGACAUAGAGUUGUCACUGAUCACAUUGCACUGGUUCCUGACAUCAUUUGCCAGUGUGGUGGAUAUCCGUCUGCUCCUAAGAAUCUGGGAUCUGCUCUUCUAUGAAGGGUCACUUGUGCUUUUCCAGGUGACACUGGGCAUGCUCAAGAUCAAGGAGGAGGAACUUGUGUCAUCAGAGAACUCUGCAUCCAUUUUUAAUACUCUUUCGGAUUUGCCGAGCCAGCUGAGAGACGCACCUGCAGUUCUAGGGGAGGCUAUGAGGCUAGCAGGGACACUCUCCCAAGAAACUCUGGAAGCUCACAGACACAAGCACCUAGCCUACAUCCUAAAUGAACAGGCACAGCUCAGCAAUGGCAACAACACAACACUCAACACCAAUCUCAACAAGGUGGUGAGGAGGCAGUCGCUGCGCAGGAAAUCCACCCUGACCUCCCUGCUUUUUGGGGAGGAUGAGGCAGAAGCUUUGAAGUCAAAGAACAUAAAGCAGACUGAGUUGGUGGCCUCCUUGCGAGAGGCCAUAACCCGCAUUGCAGAGCACUUCCAUUGUCUGGAUCCACGCCACUCCAGCACUGAUCUGACUCCAGACUACUCCAUGGAGAGUCAUCAGCGGGAUCAUGAAAACUUUCUUGUGGUAUCUCGCAACCGACGGAGACGAGCAAAGGCUUUGCUAGACUUUGAGCGUCAUGAUGAUGAUGAACUGGGCUUUAGAAAGAAUGACAUCAUCACUAUUAUUUCGCAAAAGGACGAACAUUGCUGGGUUGGUGAACUCAACAGCCUUAGAGGCUGGUUUCCAGCAAAGUUUGUUGAGAUCCUUGAUGAAAGGAGCAAGGAGUACUCACUAGCAGGUGACGACUCUGUGACAGAGGCAGUGACAGACCUGGCCAGAGGGACUCUAUGUCCAGCUCUGAAGGCUAUCUUUCAGCAUGGUCUGAAGAAACCAUCUAUACUUGGAGGGCCAUGUCACCCGUGGUUAUUCAUAGAGGAGGCGGCCAGCAGGGAGGUAGAGAGGGACUUCAAUUCUGUUUACUCAAGGCUAGUCCUGUGUAAAACCUACAGGUUAGAUGAAGAUGGAAAAGUACUAACGCCAGAGGAGCUGCUUUACAGAGCAGUGCAGUCAGUCAACAUGAGCCAUGAUGCAGCACAUGCCCAAAUGGAUGUCAAGUUUAGGUCUCUUGUGUGUGUUGGCCUGAAUGAGCAGGUGCUGCACUUAUGGUUGGAGGUGUUGUGCUCCAGCAUGGCGGCUGUAGAAAAAUGGUAUCACCCAUGGUCAUUCCUUCGUAGCCCCGGAUGGGUUCAAAUCAAGUGUGAGCUCAGGGUCCUGUCAAAGUUUGCCUUCAGUCUCUCCCAAGAUUGUGAGCUUCCCGACAAAAAAGAGGAAAAGGAGCAGAAGCCACUGAAAGAGGGAGUGCAGGAUAUGUUGGUGAAACAUCACCUGUUCAGCUGGGACAUUGAUGGAUAAAUGUGCAGCAAAAAUGGCUGAAACCUACAACUUGGUCUCAAAGUCAUAGCUUAGCCUUUUUUUUUUUUUUUUGUUCUUUAAAUGUUAAAAAAAAGUGCAGAGACAAGAAAUCUAGACACUACUGUCAGCCUGCUAAAAGAAGUGACUACUUCACCAACCGGUUCACCCUCUCAUCCUGUGUCAGUUUUGGACAAUGGUAACACCCAAAUGACUGAAACUCAACUGGCUCGUGUUGGCUGAAGCAUGUGCACAUCAUUGUACAUAAUUUAAACGGAUCAAUACCCAGUACUGGAGGUUUCACUGCAAGGUUUAAAUACAUAUAUAUCUAAUAUAUCUAUAUAAACAUCUUACACACUCCUGCCACAGAAAGAGUUUGUACAUCUAGGACAGACUACAACAUAUGACCGAACAGCAUUUUUUUUUU